AUGGCAAUCGUUAAGAGCGUAGCUGUUAUCGGCGCUGGUCCAUCGGGAGCUAUCGCAGUCAAUGCGCUGGCGCAAGAGAAGACUUUCGAUGUAAUUCGUGUCUUUGAACGCCAAGAGAAAGCUGGUGGAUGCUGGGUCUCGAGAGAUGAUGAACCACCAAGGAAAUUCGACUUUGAAGCCUUGGCGGCGCGCACAGCGGAUUCGCCUUUAGAGAUUCCGGCACAGCUUCCUUGUCGGACACCUGCAAUCUCUCAAGAUCGCUUUACAGACUCCCCUAUAUAUCCGGGACUAGAGACUAACGUCGAUGCGAGGGCCAUGGCUUUCUCGCAAGAGGUUAUCCCCACUAUUAGGUCUGAGUGGUCCAUUGUACGCCACGGACCCGAGACUCCAUUCCGACACCAUUCCGUGAUGCAGAAGUAUGUUGAUGACCUUUUCACUAAAAAAGGGUUUGAAGGUCUGGUUGAGUAUCAUACCACGGUUGAGCGUGCAUUUAAAGAACCCAAUCAGAAAUGGGGUUUAACUCUUCGCCGUAGAGAGAUUCACGAUGGGAAAUUAUCGGAUUAUUGGUGGAUUGAGACUUUCGAUGCAGUCGUCAUUGCAUCAGGUCAUUACGCUGUACCUUAUAUCCCUUCUAUUCCAGGUUUAGAGGAAUUUGCUCUGCGUUAUCCUGGCCAAGUUGAGCAUACAAAGCACUACCGUGGACCUGAGAGGUAUCGGGGAAAGAAAGUCGUUGUUGUUGGCGCGUCUGUGUCUGCGGCAGAUACUGCUGUCAGUCUGAUUGAGAGUGCACAAGCACCAAUCCACGCUGUCGUCCGUGGUCGAUAUAACCCAUACUUUGGCGAUACAGCAUUCCAACACCCUAAGAUCCAACGCCACCCACCCAUUACCCACAUCACAGAUCGUACUGUAUAUUUUGAAGAUGGCACAUCCGAGCCGGACGUGGAUCACAUUAUCUUCGGUACUGGCUUUACCUGGACACUACCAUUCCUGCCACAGAUCACGACCCGCAACAACCGCGUCCCUGAGUUAUACCAACAUGUAUUCUACCGCCACGACCCGACUCUAGUCUUUGUCGGAGCUGUUGGUGCCGGACUUACAUUCAAGGUAUUCGAGUGGCAGGCCGUAGCAGCAGCUCGUGUUCUGGCUGGCCGAGCAACUUUACCUUCUGUGGCAGAGCAAGAAAAAUGGGAAAAUGACCGCAUCGCAGAGAAAGGGGACGGCCCUGCAUUCACGGUCAUCAAUCCCGACUUUGAGGCCUAUUUCGAAGGACUGCGUGCUCUUGCGGGCGAGCCACGUAACGGGGCUGGACGGCCACUACCACCGUUCGAUCAGAAAUGGGUGAAGAUCUUCAAUGAGGGCCAUGAGCGACGAAAGAAGAUGUGGAGACGUGCUAAUCUGGCUGCACGCCUAUAG